AUGCCUGAACUCAGCCGUCUCACAGCGUGCAUUGAUCUGAUAUCCAUGACUGACAGCUCCCAUCACUGGACGGCUUUCUCUUAUAUUACUAAUAAUACUCUCCUGGGAAGAGAAGAUAUAGACCUUGGACUUGCGGGAGACCAGCAGCAGCUGAUCCUGUACAACUUUGGCAAGACCUUUUCCAUGAGCUAUUGCCUGACUCCGCUUCACUGGCACACCAUGUGCUUGACAUGGGAUGGGGUGAGGGGCAGAUUAGAGCUCUUCCGGAACAGAGAAAGGAUACUUGCAAUAAUGGACCAGCCACACAGUCUGCCUUCUGGUGGGACUUUGGUCAUAGGGCACUUUCCCAGGAAUGGAGAGAGCCCAAUUAAAACUAUGGUACCUCGCUUUACCGGUAGCUUGUAUUACUUUCAGCUCUGGGACCGCAUCCUGGAAAAUGAGGAGUUUAUGACAUGCUUAUAUGGAAACGUAGUUAGCUGGGAAGAUGACGUUUGGCUCAUGCACAAGAUAAGUCCAACUGUUGACAGGAGACUGCGCUGUCUUGUUUCUGAAAAUAUGACAAUUCAAGAAAGAAGUACAACUGUUUCCCAGCAAAUAGACUUAACAACUCCUUCUCAAAUUACUGGGCUAAAUGCACGGAAAACUGUACAUCUGUCUACAGUGUCACCAGAAAGCAGGCCUAUCUCUACAGUCAGUCAUGCAGCUAUAUCACAUUCUAAUACAAUACCCUCACCUCUAGCUACAGUGAGUGUAUCAAAAGAUUUAAAGACAUCUAUGGCUCAGACAGCUCCAUUUUCAGAUAGCUUGUUUACUUCAACUGCCAUCCCUCCGCCUACCCAGAGCACACCCAUUCCUGCUGCUACUGACUCCAUGAAAGUAACUCAAUACCCACAUUUAGGAAAAACAAAGACAACAAAAGUAGUGGAGGUCAUGGCUACCGAAACCUUUCAUCUAACUACAGCUGCUGAUUUCUUUGACACAUCUGGAAUUACCAAGAAUUUUAUUGUACCUGAAACUUUAACAUCUAAAUUCCAGUCAGCUGUUGGGAAGACAACUUUAUUCUUGGUGACUGAGUCAACAUCCAUGUCUACAACACCUUGGUCCAAACACAAGCACACAGAUGUUGCUACACUCCCUACCUCUAAAUCUGGGCAAGAAUUUCUUGUAUCUCCAGCUUCCAGAACUGCGCCUUGGUCCACACUAGAAGAGACUUCAGCUAUUGCUACUGACAUUGGAAUUGUAUCAACCUUCCCUACAGACUCUCUGCUCACCUCCACAGCUGCUCCCAUGAAUUCUGUUUUUCCCGGAAAUCAUGUGGCAUCUACCUUGUCAACAACUAAUGCAGAAAUGGCAUUCACCCAUUCAGUGUUGCCUAUGAAGACCACAUCUGCCCUAAGAACAACGAAAACAGAGUCAGUACCUACAAAUUUCCAAGAUGUCUCUUCAUCCAAAAUGGAGGAUGCUAUAUCUACCCCUAUGACUAAAGAGACCUCUCCUAUGGCCUUUUCUUCCACUAAAUCCUCUCCAGUCAUUGGAAAUCAGGGUGUACUGACAGUUGAUACUGAGAGUACACAUCUAGCCUUAACUCCCACAACCAAACUUGUCCCUCCCUUGGCCGAAACUUCACUAUUCCCUACCAUGGAAGGGCUAGUACACACCCAGAAUACACCCACAACUGAUGAGCCCAUGCUCACUUUGAUUUCUACUGAGUCAUCUUUUACAUAUAAUGCGUCUGAAUCAGGUCUCACAUCUGUAACUGAGAAAACUGACUAUCAGUUCUUCACCACCUGGACUCCAGAGCCAGAUCAGACACUGUUGACCUCUAGGAAUACAACCACUACACCUGCAUUCAUGCCUAAUGAAAAUCUUACAUCAUCAUUCCAAGAUAAUAUUGCUAAAAUAGACAAUUCAUCCAUGACAAUUAAUGUCACUCUACUUGAAACAUCCACAGACAGCAAGGGUACCACCAAUUCUGAUGCUACCACUGUCAGGUAUACAAUAGCUCCAACCAAACCAACAUCCCAGUGGCUUAGUAAUUUCUCCAGUGUUGCUGGAAUCACAUCUAUAACUAGUCAGCCUGAGUCUAAACUCACCACCUUCUUAUGGAAAAGCAACUCCAAGCCCACAGUAGCUGCAAAUGAACUUCCCUCAAUACCAAGGGAGACAGUUGCUCCACCAGUGGCUAUAUCUACCCUCACUGCCAUUAAGUCAAAUUUUUCUACUGAGAAGAGCACUUCUGAGACAGCACAGAUAUAUACAAAUGGUAUGAGCACAUUUGGUGAUACUAUGGUCCCCCAACCAAUAUCUGCGACAACACAGAGAUUCCAUACCACUGUGACAAAAGAAACCACUUCCCAUCAUCCUAAGGUAAAAUCAACUAUAGCAGCAGUAGCUGAGGUUUCUCCAUUUGCAGCAAUGCUGGAAGCAACAGAUGAAUCAGCGCAAAUGGUGACAGCUUCCGUCACUGCUUCCCCCUUUCCAGAUAUAGACAAAUUGACUACUGCAUCGAGUAACCAAACUGCAACUACUGGGAUGGGAGUAAGCUGUUUUUCAACAAAACUGAUGCAAAGCACACCUAAGAGUUCAUACAAUAGAACUCCAGAACCCUUUAACUCAACCCAUACCUAUACAGUGCACAGGACUGCAGAGACAUCUGAGGGGAACUCAGCUUCAUCACCCAUUUCUCCGAGCACCCAGACACUCCCUGAACUUCUGGGUUCUUCCACAAGGAUAAUGGGAGCCACUUUCUCUACUACUUCUUCACAGAAGACAGCUCUUUCUUUCUCUCCUUAUAUCUCGCCUCCACAGACUGCAGCGACUCAUUCCUCAGAAGUCCCUCAACCCACUACCCACAAGUUCUCACUGCCAGUUAAUGUCUCUGCUGUCACCUCUCCUGCCACCACUAUGGUGUUGUUCUCUGAGACCAAGGUUACCCUGCCUCAGCCUUCUACUUUGGCCAGGGAUGUCACAACAUCUAUGCUCUCAGUUGGCUCUCCUCCACCAACAGGGGCAAUGACCACAGCAGUGGUGCCACCAGCGAGCCCAGCAGCGUCCACAGCCAGUGAUAUCUUACCUACCCACAGUGACUCACUUCUUACCAUGUCAGGAGUCACAACCGUCCCUUCCUCAACAGCACCCAUGGCAGUUUCCUCACUGAGACCUCCCACUCCUGUGAUAACUAAGGCUGUAACCACCCUCCCCUCGAUCUCAGCUGACCCAGGAAGUCCAUCGGUACACACUCUUGUCUGCUCAAGACCUCCCGCUAAGAACAUUACUCUUGUUUCCUCUACUUACGCUAACUCUACCACAUCUACAUUGGUAGCAACACCAUCUGGAUCUCAAGUUGAGGAUUCCACGCAUGUUUUUAGCUCUCCCUAUACUUUUAGUAGCAGCGGAGAUGUUGGUAUGGCUUCUAGACCCGCAGAGACAUCUACUGGUAGUGAGACCGUGUCCCUCCACACCUUUGUCAAUAAGCUUACUACCUCAGCAGAAACCAAAUCUACCGCAUAUUUUGUAAACGCACCCGUCUCCACCCAGUUGGCGGCUGCAACCUCUAUGUUAUCUUCUGAGAAAGAACAGACCAAAACCUCCAUGGGGCAAAUCCCCAGAACUACAAGGGUGGCAGAAAUUUCCCCAUCCAAGACUUCCUUUAUUUCGGACUCCCAGGGCACCUUCCCUUGGGAAAUGACAGACACAGAACUUUCAGAGACCACAGAGAUCUCCAGCCAUCAAACACAUUUGCCAUCCGAGAUUCUACCUGGGAAUCCAGCUUCUCUGAAUUUCGCCACAUCUUCUUCUGGGAGCACACAGACCACAGAAACCUUGACCUCAAGUACCAUAAUAGGUCUUCAUGUUUCAGAAGGGUCAACUAGUCUUGAGGAAACAGCACUCCCUUCACAAGUUCAGAUAAUAACCAAGUCUUUGUCUCCUGAUAAAGAAAGGACAAGUGCCCUUUUGGAAUAUCCUCCCUCUGCUGUGACUCAUUCAGACACAAGUCACCAGGCUAUUUCAUCCGUAGACGCCACAACUUCCAGGACAGCUAGAACAUCCCAUCCUGUGCUCAUUAACACAACUCUUUCACACCUUCUUUUAUCAAAGACACAACCUGAGUCAACAUGGAUUGCUUCUUCCACUUCUGAAAGCACACAGACUUUCCCUAAGUCCUUCUCUACUCUCACACCUGGACCACUUGACACCAAUUUUACAAUGAUCACUCGCGAUGGGAGCACCACCGUCUUUUCUGUUCCAAAUAAACCUAUAAACUUUCCUGGGGAGAUCUCUAUGGGAACGUCCACUCCUAUUCACCAGAUGUCUUCAUUGCCACUCAGCAUUACUACCUUCACCCCUAAAAAGGUUUCUGACACCCCUAUGAUACUAAUGACUAAGUCUUUCCGAACAACAAACUCAGGCCAUUUGAAAAGUGUCUCUAUAGGUACUUCAGGACUGAAGUCUGAGAAGUCAUCAAUGCCAGUUAAUAACUCUGUUUUCUCAACUACAGUGGUUUCUUCUGACACCCCCACAAGACUUUGGGCAUUCUCUUCUUCAUUGUCUUCAUCUCCCCCUAAGCCUACAAAAAACACUCAAGCAUCGACUUUGGGUACCACACCAGUAUCGUAUGCUGGACCUACUUCACAAAGCACAGUGGUUUCCCCUACUUUCACUAAUUCAGAAGAGGUAGAGGUGCCAUUUAAGAAUACAACUGCACCCGCUUCCUCUCCAACAGAGCUGGAUUUUUCAUCUAUGAAAACUAGUCCAACCGUUAUGGUGUCUGGGACAGUGACUUCAGUUAUAGAUGCCACUUCGUCCUCUCCGCUCAGUUCUAGGAAUACUGAAGCCAUUUCCUUCACCCCAAAGACCAUGUUUUCUUUGUUACUUUCAACAACCCAGCAACCAUCACAAGAAAAUGAGGCUACUACUCUGGACAUGUUGCCUGGGAUUACCAACAAUUCCCCAUCUUCUGAGAGUGGUGGAGAGACAGAGCUCAUUAAUACCUAUUCAGCAACUACCAUCCCUGCAAGUGGGCUUUCAUCUAAACCUUCAGAUAGUUUUUAUACUUCCUUGAAUAUUCAGGUUUCCCCAUCUUUGACUAACUUUAAAGGCACCCCUACACCUACAGAAGGUGCAGAGUCCACACAGAUCCACCUUUCCAGCGACACAGGAAAGAUGACUUCCUCGUCAGAAACUAUUUUGCUAACCAGUGACCUAACAAGUAGCAAUGGAUGUGUGGUUACUCCUGCUUUAUACCCUUCACGGACCCAACCUCCUGGAACUCCACCUUCUUUGGUAUCGUUUCUUUACUCACCUCAUAGCACUGAGGCCAAGUUUCCCCUUACAUCUCAAAUGGCUGAGUUCCCAGCACAGGGAACAAGAAUCACACCUGGGAUUACCCAGUCUCUACCUACAGCCUCCAGAAACAUGGCCGGAGGUGAAGAAGACACCCCGCUUCCAGUUUUCACAAUUAGUGUAAUGACAGCAGACAGAGUGGAAACAGAAAGACCUCACUUUACUCUUGGGACUUCAUCAACAUUGCAGAUUGGUCUGGUCUCUAGAGACAGUGAGACAAUGCCAUCGAUUUUCACAUCAGAAAGCCUUCCUACUUUUGGGCUAUCUGAGAAUACUUCCUUAUCAAUAUCUUCCACAGUUCUCCCUACCACGUUGGCUGCCAUUUCCAGGGCUACCUCUCCAACUAGGAGUUUAUCUAGUCUCCCUCCAGGCUCUCUGGCAUCUGUAUCUAAUCCUUCGCAUCUUCUAACUUCCCCUGCAGGAGAAAUGGCAGAAUCGAUAUUUUCAGUUUCAGACACAAUAGCAGCAUCCCCUGACUUUCCAAUAGUAUCCUUUUCGGAUGGAAGCACCACUCCCACCCAAAGCACUCCUCCAGCUACACUAGGUGUCAUCGCUGCUGACUCUCUGACUUCUCUGCUCACAGCUACAAAAGCCAAAGGUGAAAGUCCAUACACGUCUACAUCCCUUGAAUCAUCCCCCAGGGCUACUGCGGCUCAUAACUCCAGGACUACGUCUGAAUUCACGUCCUUUAGCAGAAAGAGUACAUCACCUGUAAGCAGUCACGACCUGUCUACUGCAUCCACAGCUAUAGGGCCCUCAUUUCCACUGCUGUCUGCUGAGAUGACCCAUCCUUCUACAGCGACUGGGUCUUCAUUAAUCUCUUCAUCUUUUAAGUCAACUUGGGUAGACUCCACGUUUUCCUUUCUGUUUUCACAAGCAUCUACUUCGCCAAUUGCUACAGUGUCUACAGUUUCCUUCUACAAUAUCAAAAUUACCUUCUCUGUGUUUGAUGAAGAGCCAAGAGUCCUUCUUACCACUGCUAUACAUGACUUUACAAAAGAUUGGUUGAAUUAUAUGCUUCAAAACAGCGAAUUUUCUCUUGCUAACUUGACUAUUCAAAUCAUAAGCAGAAAGACUUCUGAAGAAGAGGUGGCCAUGUACAGACAUAUUUUGGAACAGAAAAAUGGGCAAGGAAUGGCCGCAAUUUUUCAUGUACCAUACAGUUGUGCCUGUUGGGUCAUUAUAAAAGCCAAUUCCUCUUUGGAACCAGCAGAACUGAUCAGCAGAAUCCGAAUGAAGAUAUACGGGAACCUCACACAUGCGAACUUCAUACAAGAUCAAUUGACUCUGCUGGUAAAGUCUGACCGUGUUGCAGUGGAAAAGCUAGAGCCAGGAAAAUGCGAAACAGAUGAAACGCCUUCGAAAUACAAAGGGACAUAUAAGUGGCCAUUAACUGACCCUACGGAGACAGCCCAAGUAAGGUGCAUUAAAAAUGAGAAUGGGAAUGCCACAAGAAUCUGUGCUAUCAACACCCAAACUGGCAAGUGUCAAUGGGAAAAACCAAGAUUUAAGCAAUGCAAACUGCUUCAAGAACUCCCUGAUAAGAUUGUGGACCUUGCUAAUAUUACCAUAAGCGAUGAGAAUGCAGACGAUGUCGCAGAGCACAUUUUAAAUCUGGUGAACGAGUCUACAGCUCUGGAUGAAGAAGAGACAAAGAUUAUUGUUUCUAAAGUAACUGAUAUUUCCAACUGUGAUGAUAUAAGUGCCAACCUAACCCAGAUGAUACUCCAAAUCAUCAGCAUAGUGACGGAGAAGCAAAGCGACUCAGCUUCCAACCUGCCUCCAGUAAGCAAUAAGAUCCUGAGGAUAAUUGAGCGUGCUGGUCACAAGAUGGAGUUUGUGGGGAGAACGGCAAAUCUCACUGUGGCCAGACUGGCUUUGGCUGUGUUACGGGUGGACCACAUGUUUGAAGGUAUGGCCUUCAGCAUCCACGCCUCUGAAGAAGUCACAACCCCCCAGAUUUUCCUCGGCAGCAUCCCUGUAAGGAGGGUUUUGGCUUCCAUAUAUUUGCCUAAAUCGUUGGGAGAAAAAGUUCCUGUUAAUGGCUUAGAAACCAUCUUGUUUAAUUUUUUUGGUCAAACCUCGCUCUUUAAGGCUAAAACUACUGCAUUAAUGACAUAUGUUGUGAGUGCAAGCAUGUCAAAUAUGUCAAUUCAAAACUUGGCUGAUCCAGUGAUUAUCAUUCUGAAGCAUAUUCAAGGAAACUGGAAUUAUGAUCAAGUUUACUGUGCCUUUUGGGAUUUUGACACCAACAAUGGGCUAGGUGGAUGGAAUUCAUCAGGCUGUGAAGUAAAGGAAAGCAACGUAAAUUACACAAUCUGUCAGUGUAACCACCUCACCCACUUUGGAGUUUUAAUGGAUUUGUCCAGGUCUACGGUGGAUGCGGUGAACGAACGGAUAUUAGUGAUUAUAACGUACACAGGAUGUGGGAUCUCCUCCAUUUUCCUGGGGAUUGCAAUGGUGACAUACAUAGCUUUCCACAAACUUCGAAAAGAUUAUCCUUCCAAAAUCCUGAUCAACCUGUGCACAGCGUUGCUGAUGCUCAACCUAGCAUUCCUGGUUAAUUCCUGGCUGGCAUCAUUUCAGAAUGUGGGACUAUGCAUCACAGCUGCCUUGGCACUUCAUUACUUUCUGCUUGUGUCUUUGACGUGGAUGGGGCUGGAGGCAGUCCACAUGUACUUUGCUCUAGUCAAAGUCUUCAAUACAUACAUUCCAAAUUAUAUCCUGAAACUUUGUCUAGCUGGUUGGGGAAUCCCAGCAAUCACGGUGGCCAUUAUACUCAGCAUAAGAAAAGACCUGUAUGGAACUCUGAACCCAGCGACUCUGUUCUGUUGGAUUAAAGAUGACCGCAUCUUUUACAUCUCGGUGGUGGCUUAUUUUUGCCUCAUAUUUCUCACGAAUCUCUCCAUGUUCUGCACCGUUCUCGUUCAAUUGACUUCAGUGAAAUCCCAAAGCCAGAAGACCCGGAAGAAGAUGAUCCUGAAUGACCUCAGAGGCACAAUCAGCCUGACGUUCCUUCUUGGCCUCACCUGGGGCUUUGCCUUUUUUGCCUGGGGACCUGUGAGGAUCUUUUUCAUGUAUCUUUUUGCCAUCUGUAAUACUUUGCAAGGGUUCCUCAUUUUUGUGUUUUACUGUGUGAUGAAGGAGAGUGUGCGGGAGCAAUGGCACACGCACCUCCGCUGCCGAUGGCUUUGGCUGGGCAACUUUUCUGGUAAGACGUUUGGGAUACAUAUUAGGUAUAAACAGAAGAAACUGAAGAAAACCCAUGAGUCCAAAUUAUUGACACCAUCGCUCAAGUCAACAAUAACCAAUUCCACUUUCAAGUCUAUGGGAUCUGUGCCCACCACUCCUUCAGAAAUAAACUUCCCAAAUGGUAACUUUGAUGAUGGUCCCUAUACUUCCUCUUCCUUGGAUUGUGAAGCUGCACCAACUUCUAUAAGAAGAGCAUUGACCGCAGAAAUCAAAACAAAUUCCGUUCAGAAACCAAGGUCAUUUUCAAGAAAUGUUAGCAGAGAUGCUCACCUGACUCCCGGCCCUGGACUGGGGGAAAUGUUCAAUUUGUGA